UACGAAUACACAUUUAUGAUAAAGGUUUAUUAAAUCAUUCGACAAUAAUGUCAGCGCUUUGAAUUGUCGUAAAGACCAAUCAGCAGCGCAGCCGUCAAAAAGUUAAUUAAGAUUCUACUCGCAAUCACCCGCGCACACCCACAAAUACAAUAAUCAGAAGCAUGGGCCAAAAAGUCUCGCGCACCGAUUUUGAGUGGGUUUAUACCGAAGAGCCGCACGCGUCGCGCCGGAAAAUCAUACUCGAGAAAUAUCCGCAAAUUAAGAAACUGUUCGGCUAUGAUCCGAACUUCAAAUGGGUAGCCGGCACCAUGGUGCUCAUCCAAAUACUGAUGUGUGUCCUUGUGAAGCAUCUUUCAUGGACAUACCUAUUGGUGGCCGCCUACUGCUUCGGCGGCGUGAUUAAUCACUCGCUUAUGUUGGCCGUGCACGAGAUCUCUCACAAUUUGGCCUUUGGACACAGCAGGCCCAUGCACAAUCGCAUCCUGGGUUUCAUCUGCAAUUUGCCGAUUGGAUUGCCCAUGUCCAUAUCCUUUCGCAAAUACCACCUGGAACAUCAUCGUUACCAGGGCGACGAGGUGAUCGACACGGACAUACCGACGCUUUUGGAGGCGCGUCUAUUCGAUACAACUUUCGGGAAAUUCAUUUGGGUGUGUUUGCAGCCAUUUUUCUACAUCUUUCGGCCGUUGGUCAUCAAUCCGAAGCCGCCGACACGCCUGGAGAUCAUAAAUACCAUCAUACAGCUGGCUUUCAAUGCUGCGAUUGUCUACUUUACCAGCUGGAAAUCGAUGGCGUAUCUGGUGCUGGGAUCGAUUCUGGCCAUGGGUCUGCAUCCGGUUGCCGGGCACUUCAUCUCGGAGCACUACAUGUUCGCCAAAGGCUUCGAAACAUACUCCUACUACGGACCACUCAACUGGAUCACCUUCAAUGUGGGCUAUCACAAUGAACACCACGAUUUCCCAGCCGUGCCCGGCUCCCGAUUGCCCGAGGUGAAGCGCAUCGCGCCGGAAUUCUACGACACAAUGCCGCAGCAUACGAGCUGGACACGGGUGCUCUAUGAUUUCAUAAUGGAUCCGGCGGUGGGGCCGUAUGCGCGUGUUAAGAGGCGCCAGCGCGGAUUGGCCUCCUAAAUUAUUUGCUACCAACUAUUGUUUACUGGUUUCUUGGCAUUAUGUAAUCUCAACGUUUAGGCAUAACCAUUCAGUUGUCUACUAUUAUAUGUGUUUUCAAAUUCAUUACCGUAUUACCACGAGUAUAAUUUAAAUCGGGCCAGUCAAUCAGUUACAACAACAACAACAUCCAACUUCAACCAAACUUCAAACCAAAACACACGCAAUUGAAGCUCACUGUUAAUGCCUAAUCUGUAGCUCGCUGUCGCGCGAUUAGAUAAAGCAGUCCGCACAGUGCUCGCAUCGCACGGCUGAUUAACUAUAAACAACAUAUUCUAUAUCCUUUAUAUAUAUACACGUAUUAUUAGCUAGCUAAUGCAUCUGACCAGCAUGUAUUUGAUAUUGCCGCUAGAAAAGUGAGAGUUUGUUUUGAAACACUAUUACGAUUGCUAUUAUUAUUACCUCAUGGAUUGAAAGGCGUGUUUAAAACUAGUGUCCUAGUACUAAGCUGUUUAGUAUUUUCUAAAUAUGUAUGUGUCUAACCUAAUUUAUAUGAAACGAGCAUAAAUUGUAAAUUCGUACAUCGUCGUGUUUUCAGCGCACCCGUCUCAUGCAGCUGGUCGAACUAAAUAUUAUUUUUCUACAAGAGUCCGGUAAAUUGCAAUCUUACCAGCAACCCACUGCACUGAGACGUCUGCGUUAAAAAAAAGCACAACAAAUUGGAAAACUGUUACGUAUUGUACUGCAAUAAACACACAAAAUGAAAAAACAAUGAAA